ACGAAAAUUGCAUUCUGUUGCGCAACCGCAUUUGAAGUUUUAAGAGGUUGAAAAUUUUUCGUGAAAAAAAGAAAUGCACAUGGCACGACUUAAAUACUUAACUUUGCUACUACUAAUGGCAACUUGUGGCAUGGCAAUGGAACUGCUGGAAUUAUCCUGUUCCACAGAUGACCAUUGCUCACAAUUGGAACGUGGAAAAUGUCGAAAUUCCGUUUGCAUUUGCACAGCACGUGAUACUCAAGAAGAGGAGCCUUGCCAUCCCAUAGAAGAUUCCCAGAAACUGACUAAUAUUGUUGGUGGGCCAUGUCCCUGUAAGCAACCGCAUACCGAAUGCAUCGAGAUGGAACAACAGCAGAAGCAGUGCUUCUGCGCCGAGGGCUAUAUACCUAGUGUGGAUCGACGACGCUGCCUGCCGGAGAAAGUUGAAUUGGAUGGACAUUGUGAAUUGGAUGCCCAAUGCCAGAGGGCGGAGACAUUUAGUGUUUGCCAUCAGAACCGCUGCUUGUGCAAGACAAACUUUGAGCCGCAUCAACAACGUUGUCGAGCCGUUAUAGAUGUCAAGUGCUUAAACAACACGGAUUGCGAAACAUUCGGGGCGUCUGUCUGUAUGCCCAAUAUUUCAAAGUGCCUCUGCUCCAUUGAUCAAGUCCCCAAUCGCAAUAUGACCAAAUGCAUAGCGGGUGUUGCCUACGGUGAGAAUUGUAGCCAUAACCUAACAUGCCAGUUAACCCUAGGAGCCGCCGGACAAUGUCACGAAAAAGACCAUCGCUGUGCUUGCCGUGCUAUGCAUUAUCCUAGAAGACAAGUGCCGGCACAACUUAAGGAAGAAAGCCAGGAAAUUGCUAAUAAGGAUGUUAUUUGUCGACCCAUUGUACUUUUUGGUGCCUACUGCCGCAACGAUAGCGAUUGCCAGGAGAAUCAUGCCAUGAAAACGCAAAAGGAACAGGAUCAGGAGAUUCAACUUCAGACACCGAAUUCCAUGCGAUGCAUGUGGGGCGAAUGUCGAUGCAGCGAUAACUACACUCUUGUGGAUAACGACAAAUGUGUAAUCAAUGGGGGAGCACACGCUUUCCAUUUGCCGGCAAUAUUCUUGAUACUGAUUGGCAUCACUUUACAUAAGAUGAUAUUUAUUGAGGGAAUAUAAAACAACAUUUUCAAUCUUAUAUUAUGAAUGUGUUACUCUUAAUGUACUAAAAAAAAUAUAUGUAUGUAUACUCUUUAUUUUGUGUUAA